GGGUUCCUAACGUCGAAUUCAUUAUAAUCUAGUUAUAAUCUAGCAGUCUUAUACAUACUAAUUAAUGAAACAAAUUAUUUAAAAGAAAAGUUAAAGAUUUGAUGAUUUUAGCAUUUGAAGUUUUUUUUUCUAAGGGUUGAUUAGAACUUGCAGACUCAUAUCCUAUACUCUUUAAGCUGUAUAAUGAAACUAACAUUUGAGGAUACCUGUAAAUGACUAUUUACAAACACUGUAUAAGCCUACAGUACAGACUUGAUGCACAGUGUGAAUAAAGCGUGGCUGUCGCUGCGCACGCAUGCGCGCUGCCUGACAGCCGUGACUAGACAUUCGGUCAUAGGAGCGGUGGAGGGGGCGCUCGAGCCACGUCGGUGAAACAAAUCAACGCUUGAAGGCAGAUUACAAAGAGGGUCCCUGCUGCUCAUUCAGGAGCAGGAGAUCCAGGGCGAUGUCAACGCCAGAUCCCCCCAUGGGAGGCACCCCUCGCCCAGGUCCUUCCCCUGGUCCGGGUCCCUCUCCUGGGGCUAUGCUGGGCCCCAGCCCUGGACCCUCUCCAGGCUCCUCUCACAGUAUGAUGGGCCCCAGCCCUGGCCCUCCAUCCUCUGGACACUCCCAGGCAGGACCUUCUGGAUAUGGCCCGGACAACAUGCACCCUCUGCACAAACCCAUGGAGAGCAUGCAUGAGAAGAGCAUGAGUGAGGAGAGCCGCUUCAGUCAGAUGAAGGGACUGUCUAUGAGACAGGGUGGGCACAGUGGUAUGGGCCCCCCACCCAGUCCUCUAGACCAACACUCGCAAGGAUACCACUCUCCAUUAGGUGGCUCUGACCACUCCAGCCCUGUCCCUUCAAAUGGUCCUCCCUCUGGACCUCUUAUGCCAUCAUCCUCUUCUUCCUCCUCCUCUGGUGGUCCUAGCUCUGCCUCUGCACCUUUAGAUGGCCCCAGUGGAGAUCAACACACUCUGGGUCCCAAUAACCGGUCUGUCCCUCCAGGUAGCUCCGGCCCAGGCCCCAGUCCUGGACCCAGUCUUGGCUCCAGUGUCACCAGCCUUGGAUCUGGCCUUGAAUCUGGAGGCCCUACAGGUCCUGUUGGUCCUGGUGGCCCUGGUGGCCCUACUCCCUUCAACCAGAACCAGCUUCACCAACUCAGAGCCCAGAUCAUGGCUUAUAAGAUGCUGGCCCGGGGACAGCCCCUUCCAGACCACCUCCAGAUGGCUGUCCAGGGGAAGAGGCCAAUGCCUGGGAUGCAGCAGCCGCAGCCCAUGCCCAGCCUAGCUCCUGGAGCUGGAGGCGGGCCAGGAGGUGGACCAGCAGGACCAGGACCAGGGCCUGGGCCAAUGGGCUCAGGCUACAGUCGAGUUCACGGAAUGAUAGGUCCCAACAUGCCUCCUCCAGGCCCAUCGGGUACUCCAGCUGGGAUGCAGGGGCAAAACCCAAACGGACCUCCCAAGUCCUGGCCUGAAGGCCCCAUGGUUAAUGCAGCAGCCCCCUCCAACGCACCCCAAAAGCUGAUUCCCCCUCAGCCCACUGGCCGGCCUUCUCCUGCCCCCCCUUCGGUUCCCCCAGCUGCCUCACCAGUAAUGCCUCCACAGACCCAGUCCCCCGGCCAGCCGGCACAGCCUACUCCCAUGAUGCCUUACCACGCCAAGCAGAACCGAAUUACCCCCAUUCAGAAACCUUGUGGCCUCGACCCAGUGGAUAUACUGCAGGAAAGGGAGUACAGGUUACAGGCUCGUAUCACUCAUCGUAUUGCUGAACUGGAGAACCUGCCGGGUUCUCUGGCUGGUGAUUUACGGACCAAAGCUACUAUAGAGCUCAAAGCCCUCCGACUGCUGAACUUCCAGAGACAGCUGCGUCAAGAGGUGGUGGUGUGUAUGCGCCGUGACACAGCACUGGAGACCGCCCUUGACGCCAAGGCCUACAAGCGAAGCAAACGUCAGUCUCUGCGGGAGGCCCGCAUCACAGAGAAACUGGAGAAACAACAGAAGAUUGAGCAAGAGCGCAAACGCAGGCAGAAACAUCAGGAGUACCUCAACAGCAUCCUGCAGCAUGCCAAAGACUUCAAAGAGUACCACCGUUCCAUCACAGGCAAAAUGCAGAAACUGACCAAAGCUGUGGCCACCUAUCAUGCCAACACUGAACGGGAGCAGAAGAAAGAGAAUGAGCGCAUUGAGAAAGAGAGGAUGAGGAGGCUUAUGGCUGAGGAUGAGGAGGGCUAUCGUAAACUGAUUGACCAGAAGAAGGACAAGCGUCUGGCGUACCUGCUGCAGCAAACUGACGAGUAUGUCGCCAACCUCACCGAGCUGGUCAGAGCUCACAAAGCUGCGCAGGCCCUCAAGGAGAAGAAGAAGAAAAAGAAGAAAAAGAAGAAGUUGGAGAUUGCUGAGGGUCAGACUCCUGCCUUGGGUCCGGAUGGAGAGCCUCUGGAUGAGACGAGUCAGAUGAGUGACCUGCCUGUGAAGGUCAUCCAUGUAGACAGUGGGAACAUCCUGACAGGAUUGGACGCACCUAAAGCUGGACAGCUGGAGACCUGGCUGGAGAUGAACCCUGGUUAUGAGGUGGCUCCCCGCUCAGACAGUGAAGACAGUGAGGAGGAGGAAGAGGAGGAGGAGGAAGAGGAGGAGCCUCAGCCAUCAUCUGCUCUGGUGGAGGAAAAGAAGAAGAUUACAGAUCCUGACAGUGAAGAUGUGUCAGAGGUGGAUGUCCGACACAUCAUCGAAAAUGCUAAACAGGAUGUGGAUGACGAAUAUAGCGGUGCAGCAUUCGCCCGUGGGCUCCAGUCUUACUAUUCUGUGGCUCACGCUGUCACAGAGAAGGUGGAGAAACAGUCCAGUUUGUUAAUAAAUGGACAACUCAAACAGUAUCAGAUUAAAGGUCUGGAGUGGCUGGUUUCCCUCUACAACAAUAACCUCAAUGGGAUCCUGGCAGAUGAGAUGGGUCUGGGAAAAACCAUCCAGACUAUCGCCCUCAUCACGUACCUCAUGGAGAACAAACGGCUCAACGGACCCUACCUCAUCAUUGUACCCCUCUCAACUCUUUCUAACUGGGUGUACGAGUUCGACAAGUGGGCACCGACGGUCGUGAAAGUGUCCUACAAGGGGUCUCCUGCUGCCAGAAGAGCCUUCGUCCCCCAACUGCGUAGUGGCAAGUUUAACGUUUUACUCACCACUUACGAGUACAUCAUCAAGGACAAACAAGUACUGGCCAAGAUUCGUUGGAAGUACAUGAUCGUGGACGAGGGCCACCGUAUGAAGAACCACCACUGUAAGCUGACCCAGGUCCUGAACACCCACUACCUGGCCCCACGGCGAGUCCUGCUGACAGGAACGCCGCUGCAGAACAAACUACCUGAGCUCUGGGCAUUGCUAAACUUCCUCCUGCCCACCAUCUUCAAGAGCUGCAGCACCUUCGAGCAGUGGUUCAACGCCCCUUUCGCCAUGACUGGAGAGAAGGUGGACCUUAAUGAGGAGGAGACCAUCUUGAUUAUCCGUCGUCUCCACAAAGUGCUUCGCCCCUUCCUGUUACGCAGAUUAAAGAAGGAAGUGGAGGCACAGCUUCCAGAGAAGGUGGAAUACGUGAUCAAGUGUGACAUGUCAUCUCUUCAGAGGGUGCUGUACAGGCACAUGCAGGCCAAGGGGGUCCUGCUCACUGAUGGAUCAGAGAAAGACAAGAAGGGUAAAGGAGGCACAAAGACACUGAUGAACACCAUCAUGCAGCUGAGGAAGAUCUGUAACCACCCUUACAUGUUCCAGCAAAUAGAGGAAUCCUUCUCUGAACAUUUAGGAUUCUCUGGUGGGAUAGUCCAGGGUCCUGACUUGUAUCGGGCAUCAGGAAAGUUUGAGGUGUUGGAUCGAAUCCUUCCAAAGCUGAGAGCCACAAACCACAAAGUGCUGCUCUUCUGUCAGAUGACCUCGCUCAUGACCAUCAUGGAGGACUACUUUGCAUAUCGCAACUUCAAGUAUCUGCGCCUGGAUGGCACUACGAAGGCUGAGGAUAGAGGAAUGUUACUGAAAACAUUCAAUGACCCGGGGUCAGAGUACUUUAUCUUCCUCCUGAGCACAAGAGCCGGAGGCCUUGGCCUCAACUUGCAGUCUGCUGACACUGUAGUUAUUUUUGACUCUGACUGGAACCCACAUCAGGACCUGCAGGCUCAGGACAGAGCCCACCGUAUCGGUCAACAGAACGAGGUGCGUGUACUGCGUCUCUGCACUGUCAACAGUGUGGAGGAGAAAAUCUUGGCCGCUGCUAAGUACAAACUGAAUGUGGACCAGAAGGUCAUCCAGGCCGGCAUGUUCGAUCAGAAGUCUUCCAGCCACGAGCGCAGGGCCUUCCUGCAGGCCAUCCUGGAACACGAGGAGCAAGACGAGGUCUGGGGUCAGGAAGUGUGUCUACGCAUGAAUGAGGAGGAUGAGGUACCAGAUGACGAGACGGUCAACCAGAUGAUUGCCAGGAGUGAGGAGGAGUUCGAUCAGUUUAUGCGUAUGGACCUAGACCGGCGUCGUGAGGAGGCCCGUAACCCACGGCGAAAACCUCGUCUGAUGGAGGAGGACGAGCUGCCCACUUGGAUCAUGAAGGACGACGCUGAGGUUGAACGGUUGACCUGCGAGGAGGAGGAGGAGAAAAUGUUUGGACGAGGUUCUCGGCAGCGAAAGGAGGUGGACUACAGCGAUUCACUGACCGAGAAGCAGUGGCUCAAGGCCAUCGAGGAGGGCACACUGGAGGAGGUGGAGGAAGAGGUACGUCACAAAAAGACAACCCGCAAGAGGAAGCGGGACCGCGACCUGGAUCUCCCUGGUCCCUCCUCUUCCUCCGGGGGACGAGGACGAGGGGACAAAGAUGAAGAUGGGAAGAGGCAGAGGAAGAGGGGACGACCGCCUGCUGAGAAACUCUCCCCCAACCCCCCCGCCCUCACAAAGAAGAUGAAGAAGAUCGUGGACGCUGUCAUCAAAUAUAAAGACAGCACCAGUGGGCGUCAGCUGAGCGAGGUGUUCAUCCAGCUGCCGUCUCGAAAAGAGCUGCCAGAGUACUACGAACUGAUCCGCAAGCCUGUGGACUUCAGGAAGAUCAAGGAGAGGAUUCGAGGUCAUCGCUACCGCAGUCUGGGUGACCUGGAGAGAGACGUCAUGCUGCUUUUUCAAAAUGCUCAGACCUUCAACCUGGAGGGAUCACUGAUAUAUGAAGACUCCAUUGUCCUCCAAUCAGUUUUUACCAGUUUGAGGCAAAAGAUCGAGAAGGAGGAGGAAAGUGACGGAGAGGAGAGUGAGGAAGAGGAAGAGGAGCCAGAGGAAGGAUCAGAGUCUGAAUCUCGCUCGGUGAAAGUGAAGAUCCGUCUGGGAAGGAAGGAUAAAGGUGGAGAUCGAGGGAAGGGACGCAGCAGACGAACAGGACGCACCAGAGCCAAACCUGUUGUUAGUGAUGACGACUCUGAGGAUGAGCAGGAAGAGGAGCACUCCCCCAGUGCCACUGAUGAGGAGUCCUGAACUGUACUGUAAUAUGGGAGCGAAAGGGGCAUAAAGGGAUAUUCCACCAACUCAAGCACCGCAUAUACAGUAAAUAAAACAUGCCUCUGCCAACUCCAUCCACCCUCAGUCAAAUGCCAUAGGACUGAAACAGAAGGGAGGUUUGCAAUACUGUCAAUACAGGAACCGAUACAUAUUAUUAAUUGAUUAGUCACAUAGACAUCGCAUGGAAACAGUGCACAUACAAUGUCAUAAAAUACACAAAUUAAUCGGACUAUGAACAUCACUGCAUUAAACGUUUUCUGUUUCUCUGCUGAGUCUCAGUCUGAAAAAGUCUUAACGCAGAGGGAUCAAAUAAGCUUUUUAUGUUUGUGUUCAAUUUUAGGAGAGCUUUUGAUCAGUUUUACUAAGAAUGUUGUCAGUUUACAAGUGUUAAAACACUACUUCAGUGAACCAUAUAACAGCCUAAUCUGUUUACGUGUGUAAAGAGAGAAAACUUAAAAACAUAAGAACAUUUUUGGUAGUUAGGGAUGAGACAAUAUUCAAUAACAGUAUAUAUUGUGAUACGUAAUACAAAUGGUUAUCAUUGUGAUAUCCAAGAACAAAGACAAUAGAGCGCCCCUCCUAUGCUGCCCACUGUGGACUGCACGCAACAGAAAUUUGCAUUUAUUAUGGCAGAAUGUGGAGAUGGAAAAAAGAGACAACCAAACUUUUUCCCCACAUAGUUCAGUUUAAAAAAAGCUGCUAAUGGAAGUAAAGUGUUUUAAAAGAGUGGGAACCAAAGUACAAUCACAACAAACGUACAGACACAGCUACCAAGCACUGUGCAGUUAAGUUUUCUUUGUCAUUUUGGCACAUUUUAAUGCUGUUGGAAGAGGUCUUUAAUGCUAUUUCAAUAAUUAUUACAGAAAAAUAUAAUAUAUUGAGAGAUUUUCAACCAAGAUAAUUGCGCUGUUAAAUUUUCAUAAUCAGCCUUUACUUACUGGGAGUCUUUGUCAGCUCAACUUAGAAAAUAUAUUGCAAAUGCCCUGAAGAGUGAUGUGUAAUUUCACAUUUCGAAUCUAAUUGCAACAAUUACAACAGUACCACUUUACUUUAAGUGGCACUAUAUAAACAUUUAAUAAAUGGAUGGUAACAUACUAUAAUGUAGUUGUUCGCAGCUGUAAGGACAUUUUAAGUGUUUAUUGAUGUACAGUAAUUAUAAUUAUCCUUAUUAUAAUAAAUAUAUAUAUAUAUAUAUAUAUAUAUAUAUAUAUAAUUCUGCUUACAACUACAUUAUAGUGUGUUUUGCACCAUUUAUUAAAUGUUUAUAUACUGCUUAUAAAUGCUAAACAGUGGGACCUUAAGUAAAGUGUUUACAUUACAACUAGGCCAAACAAUCUUUAAGAGGAAUAAAGGUUCAGUUAGUUAAACUCUGACAUAACUGUGUUGUUAACAAACAAGUAACAAGACAUUUCAUUUACUAUGGAGCAUGUAUUUAUUCAGAUUUUCUCAUUGUUUGGCCAAAGUGUAAUAAAAAAUGAGUCCUUAGCUAACCUGAGGAGUAAGAACUGGCGGGAACCAGUAAAGUGAAGAAAACAACAUUGAAUGUAAACAGAAAAUGUUUUGAGACAGAGCUGUGUGUUCACAGAGCUACCAUCUUACUUUACCUUCCCUCUGGACAUACAUGUAAACAAACCUGAUGUUUCACCUCUGCUUUGCUGUGGCGAUGUGUUGCAACAAAACAGCCACUGUGAUUAGCGAGGUGUGUGUACAUCACAUAUUUGUGACCGGGGCUCACUGUUUGAGUUGGAAAUCCAGCCUGCUGUGGGUGCAGGCUGUUUCCAGACUUCUCAGAAGCUCUUUAGCAACUCACCACAGUUAUUUGACUUAAUGGAGUUGCGUCCAGGUCACUCUCCUAAUAUUGUGUAUAUGGUACAGUAUUAAAAUAACCUACUCCACUUGCUGCUGCUUUCCUGUUACACUUCCAAUAUAAGCACUUAUAACUGUUGAUUGUAGACUUAAAGAAUUAUGAGGUCGUAAUUCAUGAAUGAGUACUGUAACUUUAAUUGCUUCUCCUCCAGUUGUUGUGUGGUGGUUUUAGGAUUUCAGAACUGUUUGAUGUACUUUGGCACUUUUCAUGUUUUUGAUUUCAAGACAACGGACCAGAGGGACAGUGGCUCCUCUCUGCUUGUGAAUGCCUCAUGGCUGCAUGGUGUUGGAUAUACUGUAUAGAGUAUUUUUUAGAGUAUAAUGUCAAUGCACGUGUGUACAGCUCGCAAGUUCAGUACUGUACUUUUUUCAUCAUGGUAGGCAACUAGAGAGAAGAACAUACAACCAAAGCUUCAACGUUUUCUCCAGUAAAUUAUUGGAAUCUAUCUGUGUUGUGUUGUGUCAUUGUCGCUGGAACUCAAUACGUAACAAUAAAUUACAGUAAAAGUGAA